UAUGUUAUUUAUCCGUCAAGAACUUGAUAAUGCCUUGCUCGUUUUUUAAUAACAAUAAUGAAAAAGUUUGUCGCUUCCAUGAAAAAAUCUGCGUAUUUAUGUUAAUUCUUAAUACUUACUGAUUGUGUCUAUGUGUGUAUAAAAUUAAAAAAAUUGGAAAGGCAUCUUUUCUAAAAAGAAAAGUGUAAACAUUUCCUCACAUACAAAAAGGCGUUUUCCUCCUUAGAAUAACGCAAGUGGAAAAAGUUUAAAAACACGCAAUAAAAAUAAACAAUAGGAAAAGAAGAAACGAAAUUAUUUAAUAAGCACAUGUAUAAUUGUUUAAAAGCAGAAAAGAAUUUACGCUAUAUCUUUUGAGUUCAUUGUAAUUUUUGUGAAAAGAAAAUCAUUCCUUUUACGCUGUGCAAAUAAAUUAAAUGCAUCGUUACCGCAAUGUCUACAAACAACGAAGUGACGCAAAAAGAUUUGCACGAUUUGUUAGAAAUUUUCGAAAAAAAAACAUAUGAAGCUGGACCCUGUGAAAAAGAUACAACGGAAUAUGAGAUUAUGAGAAAUUGCGAGUUCCUUCUUAGACAAGAUUAUACACUAAUUGUGCUUGACAACAUAAAUGGUUCAUUGAGCGCCUGCUAUCCGAGUCGUAUAUAUAUACCGGAAUGCGAACGUCAGAAUUGCAUGACAUCGACAAUAUUGACAAACAAUGGUGUAUUAAUCCAUUCAUCGUCUGCAUCUGCAUUCUCCUGUAGCAAUAUGGGUUCAUCAAACAACAGUAUUCAUGCUUAUGUAACAUUAGCCAAAACAUUAGAAAAAUGCCCCAGUCAAAAGUCCUUUCACAGCCUGCUUCAACAGCAGCAACAAUUCCAACAUUCGCCGCAAACCAUGGGUAGAAAGACAUUAACAGCCGAGAGUGGCACAGCUACGACAAACAAACAAAACACAAUCUAUGAAGAUCUUUAUGAUGCAAGCAAAGUCCGUGAAUUAGUUACAACUGCUAAAUACGCAAGAUGCCGUCAACGUUUCGUGGUGCCGGUGAUUAUGUAUCGUGGCAAAUACAUUUGCCGAUCAGCCACCGUAUCAGUACUACCGGAAACGUAUGGUCGUAAGGUGGUUGAUUGUGCUUACGACUAUCUAAGUGGAACUUACAACGAUCGCGCCAACAAUGUAAUAGACGAUGAAAAUAACGAGCACGCCGACGAUAUGAAUGAAUCGUCGCCAUUUUCUUAUAGUGAAGCAAUUAAAAGUGAUGUGCAAUUGUUGAAUUCGUUGUAUGUAACGACAAUCGUUGACUUAAUGGUAGAAAAAAGAAAAGUUAAAUAUUUUAUGACCGUAUCGUCUUCAGAAAAAGCAGAUCCUGAAAAUCAUUAUGAAAGUUUCAAUAUAUUGUCUUUGCCUUAUCCGGGUUGUGAAUUCUUUAAGAAAUUUCGCGAUAAUAAUUACGUAGCCGAAAAUCUGCAUUACAAUUGGAAACAGUCGUUUAAUGAUGCCAUUAUAAGUAUUCCUAAACUUGGACCGGCUGCAGACUUGGAUAUAACAUGGUCCGAAUAUAAGCAGUGGGAUUUGGUGCUGAUCACACAAAAUUAUCUUAAAGCCUGCCUCAAAUAUAUACAGGAAGAUAAUUCCGGUCUGCUCAUUCAUUGCAUUAGCGGUUGGGAUAGAACGCCACUCUUUGUAUCUCUAGUGCGGUUAUCUCUGUGGGCAGAUAAUCUUAUACAUCAAUCGCUGAACGCUUUGCAGAUGGCCUACUUCACUUUGGCUUAUGAUUGGUAUUUAUUCGGACAUCAACUUCCUGAUCGUUUAAAAAGAGGAGAAGACAUCAUGUUUUUCUGUUUUCAUGUGCUUAAAUUUAUAACUGAUGAUGAAUUUAGUAUUGUAGAAAAUAGAAAACGGCUAAAAACAUCGAGCAGUGGCAGUGGUAGCAGUAAUAGUGUUGUUAUUAUUAAGUCUGAUUUCUGUGAAGACGAACCCCUUAGAGAAGAUAUUAUUUUGAACCAUGAUCAAGAUAGCAAUGAAAGUUUUUCCGCUAUUUCCUGUGAUAUCGCUAUAACAGAAAAUUUUUACACAAAUUCUUCACAUAUCAAUCAGACAUUUGCUAACUCUGUGACGAGCCGAUCACCAAAUCCCAGAAGGUCAAAAACUAGUCCCAUCUCCGUGCCCGGCGCUAGCGCCACGCGCCAACGUCAAGAGUCGACUUCAUCAAAUGGCAGCUGGCAAGUCGUUACAGAUACCGGCUCUAUUGAUUCUUUGAUGAAUAGCAGCAAUAUGAUGCAUUUCAUUUCACAGCAACAGCAAGAUAGCAACUCAAUUAAUUCCAGCCAUAGCGGGAACAGUGGCGUUUGCUUAAACGGUGGUUACAACAUUGCAAAUACACCAAGUAAUGCCAGUAGUAGCAGCGGAGGCAGCGUAAAUGGUCUCAAUUUCAUAACACACAGCACAGAAAAUAGCAAUGCAACUCUACCAACCAAAGCUGAGUGUAGUUUACGUAAACAACGUUUGAAUGCGGUGCGAACAGCUUUCAUACAAGCCUAUGGCAAAACUAUAGGUCUAAAAUUUAAGGAAGGUUCUAGUAGAAGUAUUUCCACUCUAAUGGGUAAUCUGACUGACCAAUUUUUCUGAGAGCACUACCACACUGCCACCAUUACCACUAAGCUGCCAAACAUCUUCUUCAUCUUCAAUUGAAGUGUAACAUCGGCUAACUCACACUUCUCUACAAAAUACGAACGAAAUGAAUCGAAUGCUUUAAUUUAUUAAAUUUAUUGUUUGUGAUUUUGCGUAAUUAUUUUUUUCUAAUCCUUU